AAGAUUGUAUUUUAUUCUGUGGGAAAAUUCAAAGAAAAUAAGAAAUGGUUUGACACUGACAGUUUAACUGGGAUAAAAUAAAGUAAUUUUAAUUUGUUGACAAAAGAAACGUAUCAGUUUAUUAUAAGUAACUUCGGUAUUUAAAGUGAUAUACUGACCAUGUUACGGCGAACAAAUUCUAUGAGUGACGAAAACAAAAGCUAAUGGUUUUACACCUUAAAAUAAUUCCUUGAAGAAAAAUUUAUCAGGAUGAUAUUUUCUAAGGCAGCGAUUUCCUUAGUUUGUGUUCUACUGCUAUUGUCCGUGUUUAUGGCGAAUUUAUUAAAUAUAAUCGCAACAGAUCACAAUUUUUACGUCGAAAACCUAAGCCAAAGCGAGAAUUUCACAAGAUAUUUAGGUGAAAAGUAUGGGAAAAUUACUGAUACCAGUGAUCAUUUAAUAUGGUUUCUACAAAUUUCUGACAUUCACAUCAGCAUAUUUAGAGAUUCUGGGAGAAUAUCUCAAUUUCAACAAUUUUGUGACAGUACAGUGAAAAAAAUUAAACCGCUUAUAGUAUUAGCAACUGGCGAUCUCACAGAUGCAAAAGCCAAGGAUAAUUUGGGCAGUUCCCAAGUGAAGACAGAAUGGAUCUACUAUCACAAUAUCAUCAAGGAAUCUGGUGUCACAGAACACACAACUUGGCUAGAUAUAAGAGGAAAUCAUGAUAAUUUCAAUAUAAGAACCUUAAAUUCACAAGAGAAUUAUUUUAGAAACUAUUCAGUACAGGGGGGCACUCAUUCAAAAUCGUAUCUUCAUAUUGUGGAACACAACGGCCUCAGUGUAGCGUUUCUCGGUAUUGAUGCAUGUCCCGAGCCUGGAUUGCGAAGACCUUUCAACUUUAUCGGUAUUUUGGAUGCAGAGGAACAAAUAGCACUUCAGAAAUUAAAAAAUGAAGCUGAAAGCAAGGCUGACCAUAUUGUUUGGUUUGGACACUAUCCAACAUCAUGUAUAUUGUCAAUAGAGCACGAUUCAGAAAAAGUUAAUUUGCGUCAGCUCAUGGGGAACGCUAAAGGGUCACAGGCUUACGUAUGUGGCCAUUUGCAUUCCAUGGGAGGAAUGGUGCCAAGGAUGUACACUAAACACAAAAAAGGUUACUUGGAACUCGAAUUGGGAGACUGGAAAGAUAAUAGGAUGUAUCGGUUGGCAGCUAUCGACCAUGGAAUAUUUUCUUUUGUAGAUCAAAAGCACAACACUUGGCCUCUUGUGCUAGUGACAAAUCCUAAACACGCUAGAUACCUCUUGCCCGGACGGGAGCCCUUGCAGUUAGUACCCGAAUCCUCUCACAUUCGAAUAUUGGCGUUUAGCGAUGUCAAAAUGGAAAGUGUGAAGAUAUCUUUUGACAAUAUCAGUUGGAUGAAGUGCAAAGGGACUAAUGAGCCGCUUUACACUUGCCUUUGGCUGCCGCAUCUGUUUAAAACUGGAUUGCACAAAUUGUAUGUAAUUGCAAGUGAUGAAUUGGGAAAGGAAACUUUUGUAGAACAUCAGUUUUCUCUUGAUGGAUCUUUGGUGCCAUUUGAAAUCACACCAAGAAUUAUGCUUAUGUUAGAUGCUGGUGCAGUGUUUCAGGCGUUAUUUGGAACACUAUUGAUAAUAAACGUAUUGCCAUUGGUGAUAUUGAGAUUGCAAAAGCGACCACCGAAAUAUAGAAGGAAAUGUGGUCGACAAAUACUGCGCAGAAUUUGGCUGCUUAGUAAAAUCGAUAGGAUAUUCUAUCCCAUCGUACUCUACGCCAUUUAUUUACCCUUAGGACCAUGGGCGAUAGGCGAACUUAUCGAUGGCUAUACAGGUGUCAUUUUCGCAUGGGGAAUAUUAAUUAAAGGGUCCUAUAUACCAGAACCAUUCACAUACAUGUACGGCAGUGUACAGUUGAUGUUUGUACAGAUACCUUUUAUUUUUGUGUUGGCAUAUUGUCUGGAAACAAGACUUUUCGCUCAAAAUUUAAGAUCGUACCAACGGCUUGUAAAAAGUUUGCCCUUCAUUCUUCUAUUAUCCAUACAAAUACUAUUGGCAUACUUUUUCUGGUUGGAGUAUGGGACAGUAGCAUUUUUGUUCGGCCCGUUACGAACUUGGAGUGUUCUUCUAAGCAUGUUAUUGUGGUACAAGACUUUGACUCUACCUCCUGAACUUUGCAGAUAUCUUACGAGAUUGAAUGAAAUGCCAUCAUAACUAUGCAAGCUUGAUAUAUUUUUCAAGGUAUUUUUAUAACACAUUUCUACCUACAGUUAAUAUGUUGUAUUUAACAAAAUACAUGAUAUAAUAGUUGUAAUUAAGUAUUGUGACAAAGUAAGUAUUUGUUUGCGCCAAAGAUUAUUAAGCCAUUCCAAAUCUGCUUUUUGUAAGCUUCAUUUGUAGAUAGUCACUUAUUAAUGUAUUAAUUUUGUAGAUAAUUGUUAACAAAUGACGUGUUUGGAUACAAAUUAUGUAUUGUAUUUUGCAUUUGUAUAACAGGAAACGUAAUUUUAUUAUAACACGCCACUCGAAAUGACGUCGAAAAGUGUGUUGACUAUUCUAUAAUAUUCUGGUAUGAUUUUAAAAGUAUUUAUUUAGAUAAUAAUAUUGUAAUUUUUUAUAGUUUGUUCAACGUCGGUUGAACAAAAAAAGUACAUAUUUCUAAAUUAUUAAAUUGAACACUUAACAUUUUAACAAUUAAUAAACGUAUCGUGGUGUUACAUAAAAAUAAUAAAAUAAAACAUUGUCUGGAUUUUUUGGAAAUAUAAACUUGAUUUUAAGUAAGUAUUGAUUUAUAGCAAUACAGGAAUUAUCUCUAAAUAAUAUAUAUAACCGGUAUAAUAGGUACCAUGGUAUGUAAAAAGCGCUGUCCGUUCUGUCCGAGUGUACUUAGGUAUUGUAUAUACAGGGUGCUCGGGAGCAUUUCCCAUAACUCUAAGGUUAUAUUCUUUAGGGAAAAUUAUUUAAAAACGUCUAAUGAACGUCUUAAAUGCAUAUUUUCGGUGUAAAAAAUAUUCUUUUGUAAAUAUAUCUUAAAUUGUGUCCCAUAUAUCAGAUCCUCAUAUACACCUCCCAAACUUAUUAAUUGAUAAAUAUCAUGAAGUAGCUUACUAGUGAAGUGCGGAGUGCCAGUUGCAAUAUCUCGUCGAUAUCGAGUCUUAGCACUAUGAUUACGUAUUUCAAAAUGCAAGGAUAGAUAAAGGCGUGUGUUAGAUUGUUUAGUUAAAAAAAUUUAGUUAUAUGCAAUUCGGCUUCUAUAGGUGGACUUGUGAACACCUUGAUGUUAUUGGAAAUACUUCGCAACUCCCUGUAUAUAUUAUAGAAUUAAUUAUAUCGUUAACAUAAAAGAAAUAUAUUAUUCUUGUAUCCUGACAUACUUUCCAAGCAAUAUGAGGGAUAAGGUAAAGGAGAUGAUGACCGAUAAUAAUAAUUCUAUUCUAUUUUUAUGAGGAUCUUGCUAAAUAAUAUAUUUUUAACUAUUUUUCUGUUAUAAUUAUCAAAACUGAAAUAUCUUUUAUGCGUUUCGGUUCAGACAGAAGUUCGGUUUAUAAUAUACUGUAUAUUUGCUGUUUAUUUGCAUUUACUUAUGCCAAAGAAAUCUGCCGUCAUUGUCGGGUAGUUUGGAGGAUAAAUUAAGGCGAAUACAUAAGAAGUGCAAGCUUAUAACUCAUAAUACAGUCUAAACUAAUAUGUACCUGUAGGUACAUAUAACUAUUAUAAAAAAAAUAAUGUUUAUGAUAUACUAAUCUAUGUAUUUUAAAAAUUAUUGAAUUGCAAGUUGUACUUAGUAUGUUAUAUCAGCGACAUAAUAUGAUGGCCAUUAUGACAGAUGACAAUGACUUAAGAGCGCGCAGCGCGUCGGUACGAUAUGGAUAAAAUUCGAAGAGCAAACGAGACGCCGAAUUAUGACUUUCACGUGAGUGAAAAGCACGGAGCGAUUGACGCGCGACGCAAAUUUUAUGACGUGAGCGCCAAAACCAUUUUUACCUAAUUGCAAGUAAAUUAAACAACAUAACGAAAAACAAAAUGGCCAUGUUCAAGAUAUAUACCUAAUUUUCUAUACAAAACAAAAAUUUAAGAAAAUAAGUUUGCUUUUCCUGAGAUUGAAAGCAAAAUGUGAGCAAAACGUGUAUUUUUCAAAAAAAUAAACUAUUGAGAAAAGUUUUACAAAUUGUGUAUUUUGUAUAGUCAUAACGAAGCUAACACUUUGAAAUAUCUUUUACCCAAAUAUCAGGCUCCUAACUUUUCCAGAAUCUGAGAUCCAGAACCAUUUGUAACCACCAAAUUACAUAUUGCACACUCUUAAUAAAUUCCUAUAUAUCGAAAAAAUGUAUCUACCCAGUGCACAUGUCUGUUAUGAGCAGUAGCUAUUUAAAAUUAUUUAUUAAAACAACGAUUUUUCAAUGUAAAACUGUUUUAAUAAUUUAGUCAGCCACUAUCGCAUAUUCCUAUUAGAGAUAUUGGCAUUCAUAUAUCAAUUAUCUGUGUAAAUGAGUUUUUUUCGUACAUUCACGACUCAUAUUUGACUCUAUUGAUAUUAUUGUUCUUCGAACAUCUGUUUCAAAAUGGUCCUCAUACUGUGCCGUGGCUUUGUAAACUAAUUAUAUAUUAGACUAAUAAUUUCUAGUGAUUUUCUGUGAUAAUAUUUACUAAAUCUCUGAAAGUAAUUUUUUACCUAGAUAUUUUUUUUUAUUUUGGAUACUACAUUGCUUAUUAUCGCUUAAAAUCACUAAAUUGUAACAUUAUGCACAGAACAUUUUAAGGCAACACAAAUUAACACUACUAGUUUUUAGUUAUUGUUAUUGAUACCUGUAAAACUCGCACAUUUAAACACAAAUAAAUUAUUUAAUGUAUGAGCACCUUCAACCUUCAGCGUUUAUUCAGAUUUAACAGCUUUUUUAUGGUCACGUCAUGUUAUCAGGUAUCAAUUAACUCGCGUAAAAAUAGAACUCAGUUUUUAGUUUGUAUACAGUGAGGUAUAGCUUGGCAAAUUCGUUCGUAACACUCCCGAUGGUCUGCGCGGGCCAGGGGCGUGUAGCGAUGAAUGAAAAAUCCACACAUUUUUUUUCAUUCGCCCCGUCGCCCGCAUAUCAUGGGAGUGUCAUCAACGAGCUUGCCAAUUCUUAUAGUCUUUGCUAUAGACUAUAAUAUCACUGAUAUGAUACUUGAUGCAUAAUCUAGGAGCAGGUACUGUAAAAUAUCGCUGGAGAUACAUUAAAAAAAUUUUAAAAUAUACAUAUAGCCGAAUGUACAACCUCUUCCUUUUUGGAAGUCGGUUAAAAAUAGAAUAUUAUGAUUCGUUUUUUAAAAUCCUGCGUAGUUAUGUGUAUGUUAUGGAUAAGUGGGAAAUUAUCAAACAAUAAAAAAACUCCUCAAUCCAUGAUGUAAGGCUGACGGGCAGCCCGUUGCACUGAUAUAAUAAAUAUUAUAAAAUUUAUAAUAUUUAAAAUUUAUAAUAAAUAUUAUAAAAUUUAUAAUAUUUAAAAUUUAUAAUAAAUAUUAUAAAAUUUAUAAUAUUUAAAAUUUAUAAUAAAUAUUAUAAAAUUUAUAAUAUUUAAAAUUUAUAAUUUUCAAUAUUAUAAAUUGCAAAAUGAAAAUAUCUUAGACGAUAUGUUUUCCAUUGACCCAAUAGUCUAUUGGAUAAUUUUAUAUACCAAGUAUAAUAAUACCAAGAUAAAAAGAACAAUACGUACCUACUUACCAAUCAGUAAGUAUGCCAGUGAGUCUUAAUGUGAUAGUUGGUCAAAAUAUACAUACCUACUGUCUUUUUAAAAAUGUUUGUGUAUGAUAUUUAAUAUGAAAAAUAUUGUUUCAUUGCUAAUUUUAGCAUAGCUACCUUUUUUAGUUUUUUUUUAGUCAUUUUGUAUUUAACUUCCGUUCUCCAUACAUGUUACGUACGGACGUUUUCUGAUGCCAAUCUGUAGGUGUAUGAACCGUGCAAAUCUAUCGCGACGUCUUGACGGUUACAUCACUGAGACUGUUGUGUGGGCAUAAACCCUUAACGUGGAAUAAAAGUAAAUUAUUCAAUUUUAUUUGAACUUAUGAAGAAAAUGAAACAAACUUAAAAAAUCCAUAACAGUGCAAACAUUACAUUUUUUUUUCAAUUGCACCAUGACUGUCAAAAUAUGUACCUAACAGGAAAAAUGGUAAUUACUGCAAUUUAAUUUUUAUUUUAUAAAUAUUAUAUGUAAUUAUUCUGGUCACACCAAGUUUGAAGUGAAUAAACCUCUAUAAAAAGUGCAUUUUUCAAAAUUGAUAACUCCCAUUAAAGUAACAAACAAAUAAAAAAAAAAUCGCAAUUAUUAUUGAGGAGGAUUUUAUAUCUAAUAAUGUUAUUAAAUCGUUGUUGUCAUAUUAUAAAAUAUUGAUGUUAUAAUUUUAAGUCCUAAGAUCACAAAUAUGUAUAUUAUGAUGUAUAAAUGUAGUCAAAUAAAGUAUUUUCUGUGAUAAAUAUAU